CUCGCGUCCGUGACCUCUACGAGCGACUUUGUCGCCUUGGCGCAUCCCCAGUUCCCUGCGCACCAGGUCAGGGUCAAGAAGUCCGAUUUCUGCGAUUCCACUGUCAACGUGUACACAGGUUACCUUGACGUCGACUAUGGCGCCAAACACAUGUUCUUCUACUUCUUUGAGAGUCGACGUGAUCCGGACAACGAUGACGUGAUGAUGUGGAUCAACGGAGGUCCCGGGUGCUCGUCUUCUCUGGGUUGCUCAUGGAGCUCGUAUCGACAUGAAAAACGAGUCGAGCAAUGGACCACCUGGAACCCAUACUCUUGGAACUCCGAAACGAACAUCUUCUUCCUGACCAGCCGUGAAGUCAACGUCGGGUUCUCUUACGCGGAAUUCGGAGAGACCAUCGAGACGACUGAAGACGCGGCCAAGAACGUCCAUGCCUUCCUCACGAUCUUCUUCGAGACGUUCUCACAGUUCAAGGGACGCCCGCUCCACCUUGCCGGCGAAUCCUACGGUGGACGCUAUCUGCCGUCGUUCGGGAGCUACGUCUAUGAUCAAAACCAAAUUGCGAUACAAGCUGGGCGCGACACCCUCAACCUGACAAGCAUCCUGAUUGGUAAUGGCGUCGUCGACUACACCAAGAUCUACCGCGGCAGACACGAGAUGGAGUGCGCAACGGCCGCGCUCCCAGUGCCGUUCCAGUCGAUUAGCGUCUGCGUGCAGCAAAAGACGGCGCUGACGCGGUGUGAGAAAGCGAUGCAGGCCAGUUGUGUGGAGGUGCAUGAUGAGAUCAACUGCCGCGCAGCCCUCAGCUUUUGCCAGGAGGUCGUGAGUGGCACGUACGCGCACAGCGGCCGAAACGUCUAUGAUAUCUCCAAGGACUGCAUCGGAGACCUCUGCUACGCCGAAUCUGGAGCGAUCACCGACUACCUGAACCAGCCUUCAGUCCGCUCUUUGCUCGGCGUCGAGAGCCCGGGCAACUUCACCUCCUGCAACGGGGAGCUCGGCAGCGCCUUCAGCGGGCGCCUGGACCGGACGACGAUGUCGCAGAACUACAUCGCCGCGCUCCUCGACCGCGGCGUCCGGGUGCUCAUCUACUCGGGCACGUACGACUGGCAGUGCAACUGGGUCGCGAGCCGGCUCUGGCUGGAGGAGAUGGAGUGGGGCGGGGCGGAAAGGUACCGCGCGAACGCGUUCCGCGACUGGGCCGUCGACGGGCGCACCGUGGGUGAGGUCAAGACGUCCGGCCUCCUCACCUUCGCGACGAUAUACGGAGCGGGCCAUAUGAUGAGUGCUUCCUUCUAG